CAACAACGGGAUACUGCCAAUGGCAGGUGGAGUAGUGAUUUCUAGUGAAAAUGUGUUGAUUGUAGAAAUUAAUGCUUUUACAAUGCAGUAGAACAUUAUUACAAAAUAGAACGCAAUGUUUAUUUAUCUGAGCAAAAAGAUUGCCAUCCCGAACAACACCCGGUUGAAUUGCAUAGCAUGGAACAAGGAGCACGGAUACGUGGCCGUUGGUGGCGAAGACGGUUUGUUGAAGGUUCUAAAGUUGGAACAAGCGACGACGGUGGCGAAUUCCGGCAAAGCAAUGCUGCCCAGCAAUCUGUCCAUGAACCAAACGUUGGAAGGCCACAAAUCAUCGAUUCACGUGGUAACAUGGAACGAGUCUCAGCAGAAGCUCACCUCGUCGGAUAGGGAUGGAGUCAUCAUGGUUUGGAUGAUGUACAAAGGUUCCUGGUACGAGGAAAUGACCAAUGACCGGAAGAAGUCGACUGUGAAAGGGAUGGCGUGGACUGGCGAUGGGCAGAAAAUUUGCAUUGUUUACGAGGAUGGCACUGUCAUUGUUGGUUCGGUCGAUGGUAACCGAAUAUGGGGCAAAGAACUGAAGAAUGUAUCGUUGACCGGAGUUCAGUGGAGUCCGGAUGGGCGUCUUCUGCUGUUCAGUGUCAAAACUGGAGAGUUGCAUCUGUAUGAUAAUCAAGGAAUUUUCGUAAUGAAAUUGAAUGUUCAGUGUGUUUAUUUGACUCCUUCGAAGAGCAUUACUGUCAUUGGACUGUGUUGGUAUCACGAAACUGUUUCGCCGAACAGACCCGUGCUUGCCGUUUGUUAUGAGAAUGGAAAAAUGCAGAUUAUGAGGAAUGAAAAUGAUGAUGAUCCCAUUAUUGUUGACACUGCUAUGCAGGCCAUUUCCUGUAUGUGGAAUCAUGACGGCACGAUCAUGGCAGUGUGCGGAGUCAAAACCAAUUUUAACGACAAGGAAUCUAGUCAGGUUCAAUUUUACACUGCCUAUGGAGUGCACAUAAGAACUUUAAAAAUCCCAGGCAAGGAGAUUACUUCUCUGUCCUGGGAAGGCAAAUCACUUCGGAUAGCUUUAGCCGUUGAUUCCUUCAUUUACUUUGCAAACAUUCGGCCCGAUUACACCUGGUGCUACUUCAAUAAGACGGUUUGUUAUUUGGAAGCAACAAAAAAUGAGGAUACUUCGCUGGUAACAUUCUGGGAUACGAGUUCCAACCAGUGCUACUCGAAGCAUGUUGACCCCAUAAUCGUGAUGGCCACUACCAUCGAUCAUUGUGUGUUGGCCGUCGAGACCAAGAUCAGUGCUAAGGAGUUUAGCUUCAUGAGUGACAGCAAGAGCAAGGAAUUCAUGUAUCAGCUUUUGGUGUGCAAUUCAAUUAGCACAACCGUGGAUUCUAGAUAUGUUGACAUUCGACCCAAUUUUAUCACCAUGAACUCAACUCAUGUGAUUGUGGCCUCCAAGGAUCAAUUUAUGUUGUGGCACUACCACACUCCAAAGGGAGCCUCUUCGUUGCACGGUAGUGUGAAAGUCAAGAAGGACAGGAAGUACCACAUUGAUGACACACCUGCGUUGGAUGUACUGAAUGAUCUGGACUCAAACGGAGCAUACGAUAUUCCUUUGAAAACUGAACCCAGUCAGGAUCCCAUCUGUUGUAUGGCAAUAUCUGAGACUCUACUGCUCAUCGGCAGGGAAUCGGGGCUGAUCCACGAGUAUACGUUGCCCAAUUUGGUUUUGAGAAAUCGACACUAUUUACAAACUCGUUGUUACAAAAUGGCUAUCAACUGCAACUCAACUCAAGCUGCUCUGAUCGAUUGCAACGGAGUACUGACAACGCUGGCCUUGCGUGAGGACUCGGAUGAAGGACAAGCAACGGAGGGUAGAAUAGAGCGAAAGGAUGUUUGGGCCAUUUGCUGGGCUCGCGACAAUCCCCAGUUGUUGGCGAUUAUGGAAAAAACUCGUAUGUAUAUUCUGCGAGGAGCCGAUCCGGAGGAACCGAUUUCAUGUUCCGGAUACAUAUGUAAUUUCGAAGACCUGGAAAUCACUGGAGUGUUGUUAGAUGAAAUCAUCAAAGGGGGAGCUACUCCGAACAUCAAGGAACAUGUCCUGCAACUGAGAGUGAAGUCAUUACGAGACACCGAAGAUCUAUUGUCGCAUGUAGGAAUCGCAGAGGCGAAGCAGUUUAUUGAAGACAACUCACAUCCUCGUCUGUGGCGAUUAUUGGCUGAGGCAUCGUUGAAAAAGUUGGAUUUAGAAACGGCAGAGUCUGCAUUCGUUCGGUGCAGUAAUUAUCCAGGCAUUCAACUGAUCAAACGGUUGAAAAACAUUCAGGUUGAGGCUCUACAAAGGGCUGAAAUAUGUGCUUUUUUUGGAGAAUUCGAUGAAGCCGAAAAGCUGUACAUUGACGUAGAUCGUAGAGAUUUGGCAAUUAGUUUGAGGCAAACUCUUUGUGAUUGGUUUCGCACGGUCCAGUUGUAUAAGAUGGGUCCGGGUAUUUCGGACCAGCAGAUGGAGUUUGCGUGGCGCGAGAUAGGGCAUCAUUUUAUGAAUAUGCGCGCUUGGGAAAGUGCCAAAGAGUACUACGAAAAAGCACAUCACAUCGAAGGCCUCAUGGACACGUUGUACCACCUGGAACAGUACGAUGAACUGGUAGGAUGUAUGCACAAGCUACCGGAAAAGAGUGCACACCUGGCCAAGCUCGGUCAGAUGUUGGCAACCGUUGGGAUGUGCGAGCAGUCCAUUGCUGCUUACCUUAAAUUGGGAGACGUCAAAUCGGCUGUUUCGACCUGCAUCGGACUUCGUCAGUGGGGUUUGGCCGUUGAGCUCGCUCAAAAGUACAAAAUGCCUCAAAUUAGUGCCUUACUUAGUAAACAUGCUGCACAGCUACUGCAAGAAGGAAAGCUUCCGGAAGCUAUAGAGCUACAGAAAAAAGCUGGUAGAUUCCUUGAUGCUGCGAGAUUAUUAGUUAAAAUGGCUGAAAAUGAGGUGACCAAAAAAUCAAAUUUGAUCAGAAUUAAGCAGUUAUACGUUUUGUCGGGAUUACUUGCUGAAGAGCACAUUGAUAAGCAAAUUUCUCUGACUGGAGGAAACAGAGCUUUGGUACUGUCGCAAAUGAACCCCGAAGAUUCGAUGCUAACCGAGAAUAUCUGGCACAAUGCAGAAGCUUAUCACUACUUAUUAUUGGCUCAGCGACAGCUUCGUUCUGGAGUUAUGCACAGUGCCGUAAUAACGGCAUUGCGCCUGCGAGAAUAUGAAGAUGUACUGGAUGUCGAAGCUGUGUACUCGUUACUUGCAUUGUGCUGUUGUGCAGAUCGAUCUUUUGGAACUUGCUCCAAAGCCUUCAUCAAGUUGGAAGGACUCGAAUCAAUUCCGGAGGUACGCCGUCAGCAGUACGAGGAACUUGCCAUCAGCAUAUUUUCUCGCUACGAGCCUCGAGAUGGUAAAUCAAAGCACGUCGCUUGCUUUACCUGUGAGACUCCUGUAACCGAUUGCAGUACGUUUUGUCCGAACUGUGGAAGCCAUUUCCCACCAUGUGUGGCUUCUGGGCAGCCUUUGACGAAUCCAACCGGGGCCUGGCAAUGCUCAACUUGCUACCACGUGGCAAAUCCGCUAGAGAUAACCUCCAGAAUUACCUGCCCACUCUGUCACACAGUUAUUGCCACAAAAGGAAGUGUAGAAGUUUGAGAAAUAAAGUGUGUUAAUAUACUUUUUAUUACUCCA